AUGGCUGGCUUUUACGUCAUCGGUAGUAAUAGUUCAAUUAAUACCGUUGGCUACUUGUAUAAUGGUAAUUUCAUUCCAAAUUCUCCUUUUUGGAAUGUAAUAGUUUCUAAUGAUGAUGGUAAUGUGAAUCGACAAUUUCAAUUCAACGUGUAUCUUGAACCCUAUUUUCGAUAUACUUUGGUUGUUACAACAUUUAGUGGAAACAUCAUGGGUCCAUACACUGUAAUAGCUUCUGGACCAGUACGAGCAUAUGUUGUACGAACCACGAUGACAGUAACGACAGAAACAGCCACAACGCCAAGAUACGUUAACUAUACUGAAACAACGCCUAAUAUAUAUAUGGUUAAUACGGCUGCUUGGUCGACAUGGACUCAGUAUAGUCCAAUAUAUGCUCGCCCGUUUGGUUCAAACUCAAGUUACUACUACUAUUAUGAUACAUUCGAUGUAACGGCAACGGUAGCUGGUUUUUACACUAUCAUUAGUAAUAGUACUAUUGAUACUUAUGGUUACUUGUACAAUGGCAGCUUCUUUUCAACUUAUCCAUUUUGGUAUUUAGCAGCAUAUGAUGAUGAUGGUGCUGGAAAUCGGCAGUUUCGAAUCAAUGUGUAUCUUGAGCCGUAUAUGAGAUACGUUUUGGUUGCUACAACAUUUAGUGAAAAGACCACCGGACAUUACACUGUGAUAGUAUCAGGUCCAGCACGAGUGUAUAUUCUUCGAACAACUACUGAAUCGAUGCCAAAUAACAGUACAUCAAUGAGUAAGGCACAACAUUACAUAGUGUCCAUUAGAAUGUCUAUGCAUGUUCAUUUGAGAAUUUGGGUUUGA